UCCCCCGUUGGCGGGGGUUCUUGUCGUUUCCCACUUCUCAUCUCAUUCGGAUCGCCAGUCUCCAUCGUCUUCCCAUCCUCGUCGCCUUCUUCUUCAUCCUCCUUCCGCCACUCCUACGCAACGCACUCGAUCAGCUUUCCCGGAAAACUCCCAGGACAACGUUCCUGUUCCUCCACCUCCUCCGAACGGCCAUGGCGAACUCAAACUGUUUCGACCGAGAAACCUCCACCUACAGGUCCCCCCGCCCGCCGCUCCACUUCCCCUCCGAACCCGACCUCACCCUCACUUCCCAUCUCUUCCGGAGCUACUCUUCCUCGUCUUCUUCCCCGCGAUCCCUGGCCCUGAUCGACGUGGACUCCGGCGAGUCUCUCACCUUCCGCCAGCUCGAGACCCGGGUCGCCACCCUCUCCCACGUCCUCCUCCGCGAGCUCGGCAUCGGGAAGGGCGACGUCGUCCUGUUCUUCUGCCCCAAUUCGAUUCACUUCCCCGUCUGCUUCCUCUCCGUCGUCGCCCUCGGGGCCGUCGCCACGACCUGCAACCCCGUGUACACCCUGUCCGAGUUGUCCAAGCAGGUCAACGACUGUAAGCCCAAGCUGGUGAUCACCCUGCCCGAGCUCUACGACAAGGUCAGAGGCUUCGAAUUGCCCACCAUUUUGCUCGGCUCUCUGCAGCCCGAGAAACCCGCCGAUUCCGAGAUCUGGAACUACUUCGACCUGGUGGAAUCGGCGGAGCCGAAAUCCGACUUGCCGCCGAAUUGCGUGGCUCAGGACGAAGUCGCGGCCCUGUUGUACUCGUCGGGCACGACGGGGACGAGCAAAGGCGUGAUCUUGACGCAUAGGAACUUCAUUUCCACCUCGGUGAUGGUGACUGACGAUCAGGAGAGGUACAAGGAGGGCAAGAAUGUUUUCUUGGCCUUCUCGCCGAUGUUCCACAUAAUGGGCCUGUCGGUGAUAGUCUAUGCGCAGCUCACGAGAGGGAACACCGUCGUGACGCUGAGGAAGUACGAGUUGGAGAAGGUUCUGGGGUGUGUGGAGAGAUACCGAGUGAGUCACUUGUUUGUGGCUCCUCCGGUGAUGGUCGCACUGGCGAAGUGGAGUACAGGAAAGAAGUAUGAUUUGUCUUCCUUGAAGGUGAUAGGCUCUGGCGCUGCUCCUCUUGGUAAGGAUGUUAUGGAGGAGUGCGCGAAGAAUAUCCCCCAUGUUGAUAUCAUUCAGGGGUAUGGUAUGACGGAAACUUGUGGGAUGAUAUCGCUGGAGAAUCAUAGAGAAGAACCUAAACUUUCCGGUUCGACUGGAACACUUGUUUCGGGAGUGGAAUCUAAAAUUGUCUGUGUGGAGACAUCGAUGCCUCUUCCGCCGAAUCAGAUGGGAGAAAUUUGGGUUCGAGGACCGAAUAUGAUGAAAGGUUAUCUCAACAACCCAGAAGCAACAAAGCUGACCAUAGAUGAUGAAGGAUGGGUGCACACAGGAGAUCUUGGGUAUUUUAACAGAGAGGGGCAAUUAUUUGUUGUUGAUCGGUUAAAAGACCUCAUCAAGUGUUAUGGUUUUCAGGUGGCACCAGCAGAGCUUGAAGGACUGCUGCUUUCACAUCCUGAAAUACUAGAUGCCGGCGUCAUCCCGUUUCCUGAUGCUAAAGCCGGUGAAGUUCCAAUUGCAUAUAUUGUUCGGUCACCCGACAGCGCACUCACCGAGGCCAGGGUCCAGGAAUUCAUUGCAAACCAGGUUGCGCCAUAUAAAUGGUUGCGGAAAGUGACUUUCGUAAACACUGUGCCGAAAUCACCGGCUGGGAAGCUUCUGAGAAGAGAACUCAAAGAGAAAGCUCGAUCCAAGAUAUAAGAUGGCUUAGAUAUGCGCAACUGAAAAGGAUAUGUAGAUCUACUGCACAAUCGACCUCUCGACAGUCUGCCUUCAGCUGAUGAGUACGUAAGUCUGACGGAUUGGCCCGUCCUUUAUAAGGCUAGUGAGAGACCGUUUCGUAUGAACUUUGAAUUAAAUGUUGUCCUCUUAGGAGUUGAAUCCGGCAGCGAAAAUUUGGCCGGUGUGAACUGGAAUACACCAUUUGUCAGCAAUAAUGUGGAGAUCAGCUUAGCUUCUCUAUUAGGAAGUUUGUUAAAACGCACAAUUUCUUCAUUAUGGACAACUAGUAAAACAUUGAACAGAACAAUUUAUGAAUUUUCAAUGCAAGUAUAUUUCAAUCCUUUUAAA